GGUUUUUCCCCUUCUAAUCAAAACAUGGAGUUCAAUGUUUUUAACACUAUGUUAAUGUUAUAAUAUAAAGUAUUAUUAAAAUAAAGAAAAUGAGGUAAAUAAAAGAUGAUUGGUGUUCAUAAGCUGUCGAGAAAGACACGUGGCAAUGAUUGCCAGUUGUCUGCCUCCUUCCUCUCUUUUAAAACACACUUCCUCCUCUUCUCUCACAUCUUCACAAACGCCUAUUCUUCUAAACAGAAAUGGAGACUUGGGAGAAGCCUAGAGUUUCAUCUUCAAGAGAUCACUACCGUCAACCUUCCUUCUCCUCCACUCUCCUCGACCAAAUCUACCGCUCCAUCGACGACUCCCCUCCCCUAGAAUCCACUAGAAGGAAGAAGCAGCAGCACCGUAACAUAGCUCUCCAAGACACUUCUGCUUCAGACAAACUCGUAUUUCACCGCUGCUCCAUUGCCGCUGACUACGAGAGAUCCCGGCGAACCACCACCUUAGCCGACUCCGUUUUCCUCAGAUAUUCCAACUCCAGCUCCUCUGACUCAAGCGGGUUCUCCUCCUCCGAGCUAGACUCCUUCUACCUACGCUCCAAACCCUCUGCCUCUCCUCCACGCACUCAUCAACCCAAGCCGAUUCGAACCUCCGUCGUGGAAAAGUUCGACCACUCCGUCAACGUACAGAAACCUAUCAGCAAACAAGAGCACGGUGGUUUCUUGAGAACCAAGUCAAAGGCCUUAAAGAUCUACACCGACUUGAAAAAAGUGAAACAACCUCUCUCUCCCGGAGGACGGCUCGCUACUUUCCUCAACUCUCUCUUCACAAACGCAUCAAGCAACCAUAAGAAGCUAAAGAAAAUCAACACCACCGUCUCUUCCUCAGCGGAGCAGCCACCACAGUCCUCCUCCAACACCACAUGCUCCUCCACGUCCUCUUUCUCCAGAUCUUGCUUAAGCAAAACUCCAUCGUCCAGCGGGAAAUCCAAAAGAUCCGUGAGGUUCUGUCCAGUGAACGUUAUCCUCGACGAAGACUCCUCCAUCCACAUCCCUUACGGUUAUAGUAACAAGCUGCAUGGAAACAACGUCGACCGCCACGUCAUGGAGGAGGAGAAUCGCCGCGUUAUCGAAGCGGCUAAGGAUCUUAUUAGGACGUACCAAAAGAACAAGGAUCAUUUGGCCGUGACAACGUGCGACAACGUUCAAGAAGAUGACGAGGAUGAUAUUGAUGAUGAUGCGGCGAGUUACGCGAGCUCUGAUCUUUUCGAGUUGGAGAAUCUUUCGGCUAUUGGGAUCGAGAGGUAUCGAGAAGAGUUACCAGUCUACGAGACCACUCGUUUGGAUAAUACGAAUCGAGCUAUUGCUACAAGUUUAAUUGUAUAAUAACAAUGUAUUUAGUGAAAAUGGUUGGGGUGGUUAUAUUAGUUUUUAUAAAAUUUUAAAACGGUUUUUUCCUCUUGAGGCUAUGUUUUACCGUGUUCUAAAACUUAUUUUUUCUUCUUUCUUAGCUUCUUUUAUAUUAAGUAACUUGUGUAUAAUAACUAUGUUAAUCAUGGUGUAUUUUGGUCA